AUGUCAGCAUGUAAUGCUCUCGACGUGAUCAAUUUCUCUCUCUCAGUCUCAGUUGUUAGAGGAGAGAAACUUUAUGUGUUGCUUGAGAGGGGUUGUAUAGAUUCAUUAGAGAUGAAGAUAUGGGUGAUCGAUGAGGCCAAAGAUACUAAUAUCCAAUACUUUUUAGAUGUGGAUUUCGGUAAUAUUACGCUAACUGGUAUGUCGACUGUGGAGAGUUUCUUGGUGGACGAGGAGAAUAAAAGGGUCGUGUGUUGUCGUAGAGACAAGAAAAAUAGAGAGAGGACCAUAUUUUACAUUGUUGGAGGAAAGCAUAAUAUAUCUGUACGUAGACAAGCUCUUGGAGAGAUUGCACGAGAAUCAUAUGAUUAUUGGCCACUUCUCGUCAGUUAUGUUCCAAGUUUGAUUCAAAUUCAGCAAGGGGAAGCGAAUGUAAAAGGUGUUUUUUCGUCCAUUUAA